CUUCUUCCCUAUUCACCUCCCCGAACUUUUCUCAAGAAAUAGCUUAAAUGCUAAGCUACCCCUGUCUCCUAGCCUGAAGAGAAAUCAAGCUUCGAAAUCUCUUCUACUUGUGACACAGAAAGAGGAGAAGAAAACAACCAUGGCUUCCACAAACACCCAGAUCAUCUCUUAUUCUCCUUCUUCUUCUUCGAAAUCAACCCAUCAAUUCACUUAUGAAGUCUUCUUGAGUUUCAGAGGAGAAGACACCCGCUAUGGUUUCACAGAUCAUCUUUAUGAGGCUUUGAUUUCCUGUGGAAUUCGCACCUUUAGAGAUGAUGAAGAACUGGCGAGAGGAGGAGUAAUUGCAUCUGAGCUGCUGGAAGCUAUUGAAGAAUCAAAGAUUUUUGUUAUCAUUUUUUCGGAAAACUAUGCUGCCUCUAGGUGGUGUCUAGAUGAACUCGUGAAGAUCAGUGAGUGUGGGGCAACCGAGGGGCGACUGAUUCUACCAAUUUUCUAUCAUGUGGAUCCAUCCCACGUGCGGAAGCAAAGAGGGAGUUAUGAAAAGGCAUUUGUUGAUCACGAAAAGGAAGCAGAUGAGGAGAAAAGGGAGAAGAUUCAAAAGUGGAGAAGUGCCUUGGCAGAAGUUGGCAAUCUUGCUGGAUAUGAUCUACAAAAAUAUCGAUAUGAGACAAGACUUAUCAAGGAAAUUAUUGAUGUCAUCCUCAAAGAAUUGAACUCCAAGCUCUUACUACAUGUUGGAAUGAAUUUUCAUUUGGAAGAAUUGAAGUCAUUAAUAAAAAUUGAGUCAAAUGAUGUUCGCAUGAUUGGGAUUUAUGGGCUUGGUGGAAUUGGUAAGACCACAAUUGCCAAAGUUGUAUAUAAUAAUAUCUCACAUCAAUUUGAGAGUAGGAUCUUUCUUGAAAAUGUUAGAGAAAGAUCCAAGGACCAAUCAAGUCUACUUCAAUUACAGAAAGAACUUCUUAAUGGUGUCGUGAAGGGAAAAAAUCUAGAAAUAAGUAAUGUUCAUGAAGGGAUUGAUGUGAUAAGAAACAGGUUUAACUCUAAAAAGGUUCUUCUUAUUCUUGAUGAUGUAGACAAAUUGAAGCAAUUAAAAUUCUUAGCUGGAGAGCAUGGUUGGUUUGGUCCUAGAAGUAGAAUCAUCAUAACCUCUAGAGAUCAACAUUGUCUAAAUGAGCAUGGAGUCGAUGCAUCAUAUAAAGUUGAGGCACUAAGUUACAAGGAGUCUAUUCAACUUUUCUGUCAACAUGCCUUUAAACAAAACAUUCCUAAAGGUGACUAUGUAAACCUCUCAGAUCAUGUAGUAAAUUAUGUAAAAGGCCUACCAUUAGCUCUUGAAGUUUUGGGUUCCUUUCUUUUUAAUAAAAGUGUGCCUAACUGGGAAAGUGCAUUACAAAAACUAAAGGAAAAUCCCAACAUAGAAGUCCAAAAUGUACUUAAGAUAAGCUUUGAUGGAUUGGACAAGAAAGAGCAAGAAAUAUUCCUUGACAUUGCGUGCUUCUUCAAGGGAUGGAAUGAAAAUGAUGUAACAAGACUAGUAAAGCAUGCAGGGAUUGGAAUAACAGUUCUUAGUGACAAGUGCCUCAUAACUCUUUGUGGUAAUACCAUAACAAUGCAUAAUUUGGUAGAAGAAAUGGGUAGAGAAAUUGUUCGACAUAAACAUCCUAAAGAGCCUGGGAAAUGGAGCAGAUUAUGGGACCCUAAGGAUAUUUCCCUUGUAUUGAGAAAAAAAAUGGGAACGAAAGCAGUUGAAGCGAUAUUUCUAGACAUGUGUACAUCAAGAGAGAUCUCAUUUACUACUGAAGCUUUCAAAAGGAUGGAGAGACUUAGAUUAUUAAAAAUUUACUGGAGUUGGGGUUUUCUUAAUUAUAUGGGAAAACGGUGUCAAAAGCUCCUCCUUCCUGAAGACUUUCAAUUUCCUUCAGAUUAUUUAAGAUAUCUUCAUUGGGAAGGAUACUCUUUGAAAUCCUUGCCUUCAAAUUUUGAUGGAGAGAACCUCAUUGAACUCAACUUGCAGCAUAGCAAUAUAGAACACCUUUGGCAAGGGAAAAAGUAUCUUGAAGAGUUGAAGAUCUUGAAUUUAUCAAAAUCUCAGCAGCUAAAUGAAAUCCCACACUUCUCAAAUAUGUCAAAUCUGGAGCAACUAGAUGUUGAAGGUUGUGAAAGUUUGGAUAAUGUUGACUCAUCUAUUGGUUUCUUGAAGAAGCUUACUUUGUUGAAUUUGAGAGGGUGCCAAAAGAUUAGGAGCCUGCCAAGUACAAUUCAAAACUUGGUCUCUCUUAAAAGUCUUUACAUAGAUGGUACUGCUAUUGAAGAAUUACCCUCCUCAAUCGGUCAUCUCACCUCACUUCAGUUGCUAUCUAUUCGUCAAUGCAAAAACUUGAGGAGUCUUCCGAGCAGCAUUUGUAGGUUGAAAUACCUUGAAGAACUUAAUUUCCUUGGUUGUUCAAACUUUGAGACUUUUCCGGAAAUCAUGGAGGUUAUGGAAAGCUUAUAUUCGCUUAAUUUAAGUGGAACGUGUAUAAAAGAGCUUCCAUCACCAAUUGAGUUUCUAAAACAUCUCACUGAUUUGUAGUUAGUGAAGUGUGAAAACUUGAGGAGUCUUCCG